AUGCAAUCUCUAUACAAGUUGAGCAAUAAAUCGCAAUUUCAAUCUAGUGAAUCUACAGGGUCGACAAUGUCGUUUCUAGCAAGUGCGCCUGUGGAGUUAACCACAGUUGCUGGGUAUAACGAUUUUUUAAGGUCACAUAAAUCGAGGUCCACUUCAACACUUUUUAGUGAUGAUGGUAGUCUGGGAUAUGUUAUGGAGGAUGGACGUAUUCUUGCUACAAUUACGGGAGAGGCCAGGCACUCACUAAUAGGGUUGUUUUUGUCUCCUUCGGGGAACUUUUCAUGA